AUGUUUGACGGUGGCUACAGUGAGUGGGCUGACGUGACGGACUGCACAGUGGACUGCGGUUCCUAUGGCACACUAAUGCAGGAACGUUACUGCAACAACCCUACACCGCAGUACGGAGGGACCAACUGCACGGGUACCAGUGAACAGUGGGUGGGCUGCACUGCUGCGGCUUUUUGCUCAGUUGCUGAUAACUACGCUUUGGGCAUGGAGGAUGGCACCAUCACCGACUCAAUGAUCACCGUGUCAGAGGACACUGGUAACAGCUACACAGGCAGCUAUGCCAGGCUGCAUGAUAGCAAGGCUGACCAUGCAUGGGUACCAGCUACUCCUGACACAGGUGAUUAUAUUCAGAUUGAGCUUCCAGACACCAUCACCCUUCAGCGUGUGGCCAUCGAGGGACGAAGUCCAUCCUCGGGGAAUGAUCAAUGGGUGACGACGUACACUCUCUCGACUAGUCUGAAUGGAUCAGACUGGGACGAUUACACCGAGUCUGGACAAGUCAAGGUUUUCCAAGGAAGUUACGAUGCGGGUACCGAGGUAGCGGCAAGCUUGGCUGACCCGAUCAACGAGACCAACUAUGUCAGGUUCCACCCAGUCACUUGGAAUGAAGCUAUCGCUAUGAGAGUGGAGCUGUAUGGCAAAUACAAUGCCAUUGACGGUGAGUGGGGCCAGUGGACAUCAUGGACGUCCUGCUCUGUCACGUGUGCCGGAUCCACGGAAACACGCCAGCGAACCUGCGACAGUCCUGCUCCCAAGUACGGCGGAGAUGACUGCCCCUCAGGCGAUGCGUCCUCGCAGACGAGAGAUUGUAACACUCACCCCUGUCCUAUUGAUGGCGGUUUCACCGAAUGGACUCAAUGGGCUAACAUCGAUUGCACAAUUAGCUGUGGGACUCAGGGUUUGAAGCACCGGACCCGUACGUGCACGAACCCUACACCCCAGUACAAUGGCAGUGACUGCCCGAGUCCAGACUACACAGAGGAGUUCCAGACGUGUGAUGCAUCCAGUGCUUGUGGCGACAACUAUGAAACUCUGGGAAUGAUUGACGGACGGAUCAAGGACGACCAGAUCACUGCGUCAUCGGUCAAAUCACUCACAGACAACCAACCCUGGCACGCCCGACUGAACAUCGGCACUACAGGCGGUCAGUUGUGUUGGGAACCAGUCAACACCACCGGUCCCCAUAUGCUACAGAUAGAUCUAACCACACCAGCCCUGCUGAGCAUGAUUGGUGUCCAAGGCAUGGAGACAGGGGACCAGUGGGUCACGUACUACAACAUGUCCUACAGCACCGAUGGAGAAACGUGGAGUAACUAUGAGGACUCCAAUGGUGAUGCUAAGAUAUUUUACGGCAAUAUUGACAAGACUGGUGUGGUUAAAACUGAGCUUGAACCUUCGUUGAGUGACGUAGUGUCCAUCCGCCUGUACCCCCAUGAAUGGAAUGACGCUCCGUGCCUACGGACUGAACUCUACGGAAUGUAUGAUCCUACAGCUUGUAGCAGCAGCAGUACUCUACUAAGCAGCACUCUCGCUGAACAGUCCGGGUCACCAGACUACCUGAAGAUCACGUUGUCGUCGCUUCAUACAAUUACCAUGAUCAGCACCGAAGGCAAAGGCAGUAACUGGGUGUUGGGCUAUUACUUGUACUUCAGCCAGAAUGACGUGGACUGGGCCCUGUAUCUUGAGGAUGGUCAACCCAGGGUGUUCAUUGGUAACUCUGACGCUGACCAGUUUAUUACCAACCCCCUAGCCAACGUAAUUGAGGCAGUCUAUCUGCGACUGGUACCCACCCAGGUCAACAUUGGCAUAUCAAUAACGGUCAGAAUCUACGGCUGUUCUUCCUCUAACACAGCUGAUGAAGCACCCUCAACCACUGUUUGCUUCGACACGUUCGGAAUCGCUGACCACGCUUUUGACAUGGAUCGCAUCACCGUGUCCUCAAUCCUGAACUCCACUUUGAGUAGCGACACCGCCCUGCCGAGUAAUUCCACCAAGUACCACCCUCAAUGCGCCCAGUUGCACAACCCAGAAAGUCCUGCCUCUGGGCUUAACGGCUGGGUGUCUGAACCGGGCGACCUGGUCAGUUCCCUUGACCAGUGGUUGAUGGUGGACUUUGGGGAGAGGGUGACUUUGACCGGGAUAGCCCUGCAGGGUGUUGAGUUACCAGAGGGGGACGUGGGAAUGAGCCAAUUCAGCCUGCACUAUAGUGAGGACAAUGUGAUUUGGAACGCCAUGCGGAAAAUGAACAGCAUCGAGACACAGAUUCUUUCGGGACCAGUUGACAGCAUUGAUGUGACCCUCGUUGAGUUGACUGCAGAUGGGGAGGAUGACCUACGACCUUUGACCCUGCGCUACCUACGCAUCCAAUCAGAGAUCAACACGACUGACCCCGUUGGGCUGAGACUUGAGCUGUAUGGAUGUAGCGCUGCAGUUCCAUCUGUCUGCAAGAACGGCUGGUCAGCCUUCGAGAAUUCCUGCUACAAGUUCUAUCGGAACGACACCAGGAACUGGUCGUCUUCCAAGAGUGUGUGCGAGAGCGAAGGCGGCCAUCUGGUAAUCAUUAACUCACUUCGCGAGCAAGAAUUCUUGGAGAACUUUCCCCGAGCCUACGACGAGACGGACUUCUUAAUUGAUCUGAACAGGAGGGAUGAUUUCAAGACUUUCGUCUGGAGUGACGAGACAUUCUAUGCCUACUCAGCCUGGGCGGCUGAAAAUCCUUCUGAUGAUGCGUUUGAUGAAUGCACGGCACUGUCUAAGGAAAAAGACGGACGAUGGGUGUCUGUAGACUGUGCUGACAUCAGGAACUUUGCAUGCGAAUAUGAAAGGCAAUCGACAACCUAUACUGUGUGUGGCGAGAAUGACUGGCUGAUUGCCUGUCCUGACACCCACAAAGUCAACGUCACCGAUGUACAGUGGGGGCGCACUGCUGACUGGCAGACCUGCCCACAAGAGGGCGCUUUCUCCACCAGCAUUCUGCCCUGCUCGUCUGACACUGUGCAGAGUGCUGUGGAGAGCGACUGCGACAACACCACGCGGUGCGGGGGUCUGGCUGACGUGUCUGAGUUCAGCUACCCGUGCUCGCAGAGCAACGUCCACGUCUACCUCACUACUUCAUACCACUGUGUUCAAGAUGACAUCAAAUAUGCCCGAGCCUGCCAGGAUGAUUUCUUGUACCUGAGCUGCCCAGCCGAAGAUGAAGUCCUUCACAUCGUGCAAGCCAUGUACGGACGCACCAUGGACAACUCAGUGUGCCCGGGACCAGACCGGUACGCACCGACCAACUGCACGUCCUCGUCCAGCCUCCAGACUGUCCGCACCUAUUGCGAGGGUCACCACGAAUGUAAGAUCGCAGUAGAGGUGGCGUCGUUUGGCUCAGAUCCAUGCGAGGGUGUUGCGAAGUAUCUUGACGUGAACUACACAUGUGUGUCCAAUGAAAUCAUCAUCCAAGAUGUUUAUGAAUUCCAGGGGGAAUGUGAGAGCGGAUGGUUGAAGCACGACUACCGGUGCAUCCGAGCCUUCCCCAAUGCAUCCUUGAAGUUUGAGGAUGCCGACGACCAGUGUAAUGAGCUGCACGGUCAUCUGGCUGGUAUCCCUGCAUCUAAUACACAGGAUUUCUUGGCGGGUCUGUUGUCAGACUACUCUACUGACACCAACUACUGGGUCGGAUGUGUCCAGACUGACAACAAUACGUGUAGAUGGCGCGACGGAACCAGGCAUGUGUUCACCGAUUUCAACGCCAACUAUGUGUCGGUAGCGGGCGAGCGAUGCAUCGAGCUGAGAGGGGACGAAAACUUUCAGUGGGAGGACGCAGCGUGCGGGAACCAGAACGCUUUCAUUUGUCAACAAGAUUGUAUGCUAACUUUUGGCAUGAUGGAUAAGACUAUUGGCAACCAUCAGCUGGAAGUCUCUAGCACCAAGCUGCUAGCCACGCUGGACUCCUUCAAAUGGGAUGCCCGCCUCCAUGCCCCCUAUGGUGCCUGGGUCGCCAGGGAACGGGAUACCGACCAGUACUACCAGAUUGACUUUGAGCGGAUCAUGCGGGUCAAGAAGAUAGCCACGCAGGGUCAUCCGAAGUACGACUUUUGGAUUGAGCAGUAUCGGCUGGAUUACACGGUCAAUGCAACGGCCAAUGGAAGUGUAUGGAUGACGUAUCAAGAGGACGGCGUUGACAAGAUUUUCCAAGCUAAUAACGACAGUACCUCGGUGGACUAUCAGUAUUUUGAUCAUUUCAUGUUCGCUCGCUACCUGCGCUUGAUACCCCUCAACUGGACUGAGGAAAUUGCCCUGCGAUUGGAGGUCUAUGGGUGUUACUUGCAAGAUGAUAAACCCGAAGUUCUAGAGGUCGUCAACACCACCAAGCUUCACUACGAGUACAACGGUACCAUCCAGUGUCACGCCUUCGGCAUUCCUUUACCCACUAUGCGCUGGGAACGUGACGGUUACCGCUACACGGGGGGCGUCAAUGCUACCAUUGUCACCUAUCAGGAAGACGACUAUCACAUGAUCACCGAGGUUCGGUUUCAUCCAAUGGGAGACGACCGCGGGUUCUACACGUGUGUCGCGGAGAAUGUGUACGGCUCCAACCGGAAGUCGUUCUACAAUCAUAAAGGUUUACCGACGGUUCUUGGGGGGACUAUCAAAUGCGACGACGAGAUCUUGAAAUUCAAAUGUCCUGAAGGAGAAUACAUCAAGAUAACUAGCGCCGCCUAUGGCAGGGCACAUAAUGAAAAGUGCAUCAUCUAUGAUGACUUCUACCCAACCGAUUGUGAGUAUGACGCUGAGACCGUCAUGUAUCGCCUGCAGCGCCAAUGUGACAACAAGCGUCACUGCACGGCUUACAUCAGCGAAGCCAUGUUUGCCGAGACUGGCGCGUCGUACCCAAAGUGUGACGGUUUCCCGCUGUACGUCAACCUUACGUGGGACUGCGUCGGCUCGGAGUGGACGUCUUGGUUCAACACAGACGAUGCUACAGGAGAAGACCUUGAGUUAAGAUCCACCAUUUUGGCGGACUAUGCGGAGAUGUGCUACGCCCCAUUGGGUGUGGAGUGCCGCCUCGCAAGCAACCAGCAGCCAUAUUACUCCGCCGGUCAGGUCCUAUCCAGCAGCUGUAAUCUACAGAGGGGACUACUUUGCUACGAUAGCGACCAGUCAGGCGGUGACACGUGCCAGGACUACGAGAUACGUUACCUUUGCCCAACAGACCCCAUUGGUAUAGGUGAAGUAGAGCAAGCGAUUGAAUGCGACAGCGAGGAAUUGUACAUCUUCUGUCAAGGCGGCUACACCAUUAUGGUUCAUGAUGCAUUCUAUGGACGCAGGGAAGAAGGUCUGUGCUCGCUUGGUAACAACCACUCCUACCCCUUGGACUGCGACUUUGACUCUGCCCAGGUCCUUGAGAUGAUCAAGAGAAACUGUGACGACAAGGAGGAAUGCAGACUCAACGUCCAACUUGCUGCGGUCUUGGGAGAUCCGUGCCCGGAGGACCCUAAGUACCUGGACCUCAAGUACACCUGCGAACGAACACGUGGGAUGAUAGCUCAUAAGUACCCCACCAACACGAGCAGCAUCUCUGAAAACGACGGCAGCUACGCGGUGGAUGGAAACUUCAAGACUUCGUGCGACAGCUAUUGCUUCCAGUCGGAGGAUGAGCUAGCACCGUGGUGGCUGGUAGAUCUAGGCAUCCAGAGAGAUGUUAACUUUGUCCAGCCAAGGACUUGCGGCAAUAGCCAAGUAUAUCUCAUGGAGGGAGCACAAAUCCGAAUUGGAAACAGUCCCAACUUCCAUGACAACCCCGUCUGUGGUCGCAACGUGACGUUGGACGAUGACUACAGGCCACACAUCUACUGUGGGCAGGUCAUGAGCGGCCGGUACGUCAGUAUUGAAGUGCCGGAUCGCGUCACCCAACUCAAGCUAUGUGAAGUCAAUGUCUUGUACAUGGACAGACGGGAGCAGAAAGCUGUCGCCUGCGACGGCCAGAAACUGCAGCUCUUUUGUGGCUUCAUGAGCGCCCUAUACCUACAGAUCACCGACGCUUUCUACGGACGUGCAGAGGACGGCUCAGUGUGCCCGCAUCACACCGCCAACCACACCUACACGACAGGAUGCGCAGCGGACCACUCUACCGUCCUAGGCAUCAUCAGAGAUAAGUGUAACGCCGAGAGAUACUGUGAGGUGGACGUGCAGAGCGAUAUCUUGGACGCACUGGCCAGUGGGGCCGGGGACCCUUGCCAGGGAGAGUUCAAAUACCUGAAAGUCAGCUUCCAGUGUAACAGAUACGUAGCUGGUGAACAAGGCCAGCAGGUCACUGCAGUGACCAAUCAGGACACUGCCAUGGAGAUUGCCUGCGUCGGGUUCAAGGGCGUCAUAGAUAUCAAUAGUGCCUAUGUCAAGGCCUCAACAACCUCCGUCCCGCUGUAUGAUCCCCAAGACCCCAACGUUGAUGUGAGUUCGUGCAGUGACCAGGACGUCUCUUCAUCAAUUCAAACCCACUGCAACAACAAAAAGACUUGCUAUAUCAGGCACACUGACUACUGGCUGGGCAACAGUUUCUGCGGAGCUAUGCGUUUACACCUGGAACUGGCUUUCACUUGUAAAGAGGAUGUCCCAUCCGGCGACAUCACUUUAUUCGCCUGCGAGAAUCUGGAGUAUGAGUUGAGUCUGACCUGCCCGGACGGAAAAUACAUCAAGAUACAAGAUGCUUUCUACGGUCGAACUCAGGUUGGCAGUUCGUCCCUCGUUUGCCCACAUUCAAACGGAUACGACGACACAACAACCUGUCGCUCAACAGACACCCUGGACAUUGUCAAGGCUUAUUGCCAAGACCAACGUUCUUGCAGUCUUCCCACUGAGCAGGAAGAUUUAACAUCAGAUGAUCCAUGCAGCACCAUCAAGACCAAAUAUCUAGAAGUCACAUACAGCUGUGAAGAGGGGCGUCCAUUGAACGAUAUUACGCUGUACUCUUGUGAGGACCAUGCAGAUUUGUUUCUUGAGUGCCCAGCAGAAGCCAGCCACAUCAGGAUUAUAUCGGCAGACCUCGGUCGGGCGGAAGGAAAGCAUCGCUGUAGCUUCCGUGAUAACUACCCAGGGACCACAGAGUACACUGACUGCCACACCAGCGAGGUAUUGGAUGCCGUCCGCAGUAUCUGUACUAACCAGAGGAACUGUACUGUGUCCAACUACUGGGCUAACUACACUGCUACGGAGCCAUGCUUUGGAAUCUACAAGUAUCUGCAGGUCACCUACAGAUGCCUGUUGGACCCGGCCGACAACAGCCCCAUGGAAGCAUCCAUGUUCUUCAUGAACCCUCAGCCUACCCUCAAAUCCUACCGUCUAGAAGGUCACGUCAUUAGCUCAGGCCAACAGCGUAACAUCCUCACCUGCAUGCAGGCCUGCCUGGCCGACCCAGACUGCGCUUCAUUCAACUUCAGGACCAAACGUGGCAACGCUGGCCACAUCUGCAUGCUGAAUGACGCCAUUUAUGAAGAGGCUGAAGCUGAUUUCAAGUAUAAGGUCUACUACGUGUACUUCCAGAGGGAUUCCUACAGGGAACAUUAGGAGUUCCAUCAGCAGGGUUGGAUUCAGGACCUUGUUACAGGGUUUAUACGGUCAUGGAAAAUCAUGGAAUUUAAAUGGAAAGUCAUGGAAAAGUUGUGGAAUGUUAUUUUACAAGGAGUUUUGUCAGCAGGGUUGGAUUUAGGACCUUAUUACAGGGUUCCCACACUCAUGGAAAAAUCAUGGAAAAUCAUGGAAAAAUCAUGGAACUUAUAAUGGAAAGUCAUGGAAAAGUCAUGGAACGUUAUUUUACAAGGCACUCCGUCAGCGAAGCAGGGUUGGAUUCCGGACCUUGUUACAGGGCUCCCAUGGUCAUUGGAAAAUCAUGGAAUUUGUCAUGGAAAGUCAUGGAAAAGUCAUGGAAUGUUAAUUUUACAAGGCGUUCUGUUAGGAAGCAAGGUUGGAUUCCAGAUCUUGUCACAGGGUUCCCACAGUCAUAGUUUCAUGGAAAAAUCAUGGAAAAUCAUGGAAUUUGAAGGAAUUGGUCAUGGAAAGCCCUAAUCUUUUCUUACAAAAGUCCUGGAAAAAUUGUGGAAUUUCAUGUAAGAUAUCCGUUAGAACCCUGUGAUAAGUCCUUUUGAAACUUCUUAUGAUGUAUUAAUUAUGUCAUUUUGCAGGAAAACUUGAACGAUGAAUAAUUAAACAGUUAUACCACUUAGUGGAGUUUUUGAAACUUUUUAUUAUUUCCUUUUAAGGAUUGACUAAUUGUGGUGAUAAGUUUGAGCUAUAUGUUCAUAAUCUUUUGUAUGCUAACAAGAUAUAAUUUUCACACAUUUUGGAUUUAGUAGGUUUCAUUAAGUUAUGAAAGUAAGUUACAUAAAGAUAAUUUCCCGCUAGUAAUGUGUUUAUUUAUCUUUUGAUAAUUUUGCAGUGGGUUUUAGUUACGUUAUAGAGAGUUAUUUUGUGACAUGUACGUUUUAUAAAGUACACGACAACGGUAUUGUUUUCUUUGAAUGUUAAACACAUGAAUCUAGGAAAACAUUAAAAAGCACUUUGUGUUGUGUUU